ACAACCCAAAAUCCAAUGGCUUGGCGCCUCUUCUUCUUCGCUAAAACCCUAACCAAACCUCUCUCGUCUCGUGCACCAAAUCCGAAGCCCCCAAAAUUACCCUUCACUUCCCGAUUCUCCACCUCCUUCCUUGUCACCAAAACCCCUAAGAAACACAAAAAGAAGCGUAAAAAACACGACUCUCCCCGAACCAAGCCUGUACAGCACGAAUCCGCUCGAAAUCCCCAAUUCGAAUCUUUCAUCGAGCGUGACGCAUACUUCAGAUUCCUCAACAGGUCCAAGCAAUUCCUCUCCGCCCAGCAUGAACAUGUCCUCCGCCUCGACGAUGCCGGCAAACUCUAUCGCGAACUCGGCUUUCCUCGCGGCCGUAAGGUCGCCCGCUCCGUUGCUCGCCAUCCGCUGCUCUUUCAGACCUACCGUCAUAAUGAUAAUAAAAUUUGGCUUGGCUUCACGGACUUAAUGGAGGAUCUUCUUGAGGAGGAGAAGUCGAUCAUGGACUCCAUGGAGACUGAUAGAGUUAAUAAAGUCCGAAAAUUGUUGAUGAUGUCCAAGGAUAAACGGAUUCGUUUGAGUAAGAUUCAUCACUGCAGGUUAUUGUUUGGGAUUCCCGAUGAUUUUAGGGACCGGGUGUUGAAAUAUCCAGAGUAUUUUAAAAUUGUAGUGGGUGAUGAUGGGAACAGAUACCUUGAAUUGGCGAAUCGGGAUCCGACAUUGGCUGUGAGUGAAUUGGAGAGACAAUUUAUGGUCGAUGAGGACAGGGCUAAGAAGGCCUUUAAGUUUCCGGUGAAGCAUGGAAAAGAUUUGGAUUUGGAUGAGGAGGAUACAAGGAGGUUGAACUUGUUGAACACCCUACCCUUAGUUUCCCCUUACUCGGAUGGCUGGAAGUUUGAUUUGUGGAGUUUGGAAGCAGAGAAGUAUAGGGUUGGGGUAAUACACGAGUUCCUCAACUUGACAUUGGAGAAGAGAGCUUCUAUACAUCACAUUGUGGAGUUUAAGGAGGAGUAUAGUUUGACCAAGCACACCUAUUCCAUGCUCUUGAAGCAGCCAAGGACUUUUUAUUUGGCAGGGACCGAGAUGAACUGGGCUGUGUUUUUGAAGGAUGCCUAUGAUGAGAAUGGUGUUUUGAUUAACAAAGAUCCACAGGUAGUUUUGAAUGAGAAGUUGUAUAAGUACGCUGAAAUGAGGGAAGGGGAACUGGAAGGAAAGUCUUCGUUUAUCUAAUAAAUGAUGUGGUUUAGGAGGAGUUUCACCAAUGCUUGACCAAUGUUUAGGCACCGUGCUGCUUUGCUGGAGGGAUCAACAGGGAAGAUUUAGUAGACGAAGAUAACUCUUUUGCCAAAGGUAUAUUGUAUUGACCCUUUGUUUUAUUUAUGUAGGCGGGAACAUGGGAAGGGGUCAGAUUUAUCCUUAUCCUUUAUUCCUUUUGUCACAUAAAACGUGUAAGUCAUAAACUGUGGUUAAAGUUGCCUUUGAAUUGGUAUUGUAUAUCUAUCCAAAGAGCCGUUGGAGUAUGUAGUAAGAAGCAUAUCGGGAAUGAAUGCCAAUAGGAAUAUGUGCUCGCUUCUUUAGUUUCCUUUACCAACAUCAAUUACUAAUUUAGUGUCAAGUUAUUAUAAAGUUUCCUAUUGGUACAUUGUAUUUUCCAUUGUGGAAUCAUGUUGCGGACGGCAAAACAUGUGGGAUUAAGGUUUGGGUGAUGAUUGACAA